GAGCCGCAGCGAGCGGAGAGGAGCGGAGAGGAGCGGAGCAGAACGGAGCGCGGGGCUCGGCGCUGCCCGGCCGGCCGAGCAUGCACUGAGCGAGCGGCCCCGGGCUCGGAGCCGCCCCGCUGCAUGCUGUGGGGAGACACGGUCGCGAUAAUAAAUGAUAGAGGAUACAAUGACUUUGCUGUCUCUGCUGGGUCGGAUCAUGCGUUACUUCUUGCUCAGACCGGAGACCCUGUUCUUGCUGUGCAUCAGCCUGGCCCUGUGGAGUUAUUUCUUCCACACGGAUGAGGUGAAAACCAUUGUUAAGUCCAGCAGGGAUGCGGUGAAGAUGGUGAAGGGCAAGGUGGCCGAGAUCAUGCAGAAUGACAGGCUCGGGGGUUUAGACGUGCUGGACGCUGAGUUCUCCAAGACCUGGGAGUUCAAGAGCCACAACGUGGCUGUCUACUCCAUCCAAGGCCGCAGGGAUCACAUGGAGGACAGGUUCGAAGUAAUCACCGACCUGGUGAACAAGACUCACCCCUCCAUCUUCGGGAUAUUUGAUGGGCACGGAGGAGAGUCGGCGGCGGAGUACGCGAAGGCGCGGCUGCCCGAGGUGCUGAAGCAGCACCUGCAGGACUACGAGCGGGACAAGGAGAACAGCGUGCUGUCCUACCAGAGCAUCCUGGAGCAGCAGAUCCUCUCCAUCGACAGGGAGAUGCUGGAGAAGCUCACCGUCUCCUACGAUGAGGCAGGCACCACGUGUCUGAUCGCCCUCCUGUCCGACAAGGAGCUGACCGUGGCCAACGUGGGCGACUCCCGGGGCGUGCUCUGUGACAAGGAUGGCAAUGCCAUCCCCCUGUCCCACGACCACAAGCCCUACCAGCUGAAGGAGAGGAAGAGGAUUAAGAGAGCUGGUGGGUUCAUCAGCUUCAACGGCUCGUGGCGCGUGCAGGGCAUCCUGGCCAUGUCGCGCUCGCUGGGCGAUUACCCCCUGAAGAACCUGAACGUGGUGAUCCCCGACCCCGACAUCCUGAGCUUUGACCUGGACAAACUGCAGCCAGAGUUCAUGAUCCUGGCCUCGGACGGGCUGUGGGACGCCUUCAGCAACGAGGAGGCCGUGCGGUUCAUCAAGGAGCGCCUGGACGAGCCGCACUUCGGCGCCAAGAGCAUCGUGCUGCAGUCCUUCUACAGAGGCUGCCCCGACAACAUCACGGUCAUGGUGGUGAAGUUCAGGAAUAGCAGCAAAGCAGAGGAGCAGCAGUGAGGAGCCCCCGGGCCCGCUCAGGACUCAGAACAGUUUGUCCGUGGUAGGAAGCUCCAGGAACGCCGUGCGGGCUCUCCCGCGGCCGCGGAUCUCUCUGGGCUCUGCUCGUGGCUUGGCAAAAGGAGCAAUACAACAAAUAAAUCCGUGCUGAGCCACCACAAGAAUCCAGUUUGUCCCCUGUCCCUGCCCUGUGCCCUCGCUGCACCCUAGAACCGACUGGAACCUCCCACUUCUCACUUUUCUUUAGGAAUCCCGUGUGGGGUUUUGGGUUGAUUCCUCCCCCGGUGGCUCAGGGGCACGGCAGGGGCAGGGCAGUGCUGCUGCUUCUCCCUCCUGGGUGUCCCUGCUCAGGAGCUGCUCUCCUGUUCCUCGUCUCUGCACCCUGCAGUGCCAGGGGUGGGUGGGAGAAGGGUUUGUGAUGUGAAGGAGGAAGAGGAGCCAACGCUCAGCCUGCUCCGCUGCUGGCUCUCGCUUUGUUCAGCCUCCCCCCGAAACAAACCCUGCCAAGCAUGUGAGUAGGUAGAGCUCCUGAAUUACCACGUUUAUUCAGGCUGUGCAUUGCUCUAGGACAGCUCUUCUAGGCCAUAGUGUAUCCAAACCAACUGAUGGUGAACUUCAGCAAAGCCCUGGGAGCUCUGAACCUCCUGGAUGGGAGCAGAGCUCAGCUGUGUCAGCAGAGUGUCCGUCCCUCGCCGAGAAUCACCCCGACCUUACUUCUGUGGCAUGGACUUGGAAAGGGAUAUGAGAGAAAUUGGAUUUCACUGGUGACUGUCGGGAACCUCAGCCAAGCAGGGCGUUCCUCAGAGCUACCUAGCUGGAAGCCAAGCCUGUGGAAGACUUCCUUGUACCACUGCAGAUGGAUUUGUGGUGUUAAUCCCAGGGCAGACCCCUCUGAACGGGCUUUUGGGAUGACAUGCAAAUGCCAGGCAGCAUCAAUGCACUGUAGAGAUGAAAGGUUGUGUUAAAUCUAGAUUUUAAAAGUAUCUUUAGAUCUAACUUUCAGUAUUUAAUUGUAUUUUGGGAUCUGUGACUGCUGUAAGUUGGAACGAGGACAAUUUGGGUUUGCUGCACCUCUGGUGCCAGCUGUGUCAUGGCAGGGGGACAGGGCAGGCAGGAUUUUGGAUGGCUCCUUGAUCCUUAUCCUGCCUUACAGAAGUCCUUGGGAUCUCCCCAGAACGUGGUCCUGGACAAUCUGCUCAAAUCUUCAGGGUGAUGGAGGCUGCCUGUGUUUGGGUGUGGAGCUGGGUCAGGGAUGUGAUGGAUUCCCUGGCCCUGCCUGUUCCUUGGGAAAGGCCAGUAUUCCUCAUUUCCCAGCUGCUGGCCCCCCAGCUCACCUGCAGCGGUCUGGGGUGGGGCUGAGCUGUGCUGGGGAGGUGCUCAGGGGGUCGGAGUCCCUCAAGGCAAAAAUCAAAGAGCACAAACUUCUGCUCGAGAAGGAAUCCCCAUCUUUGUCUGGUUUUGUCCCUAGGUCACCUCUCCCCCAACAAACUUCCCUCCUUUAAUUUGUUCAGGGAUCCUCUCAGCCCUUGAUUGGCUCUGGUGGUAUUUCCAAGAUGUUUCUGGAGCCCUGUGCUGAUGCUGAACCCCGGGGAGAGCCCCUGAGAAGUGUCCAGCAGGCAGCAGCCUGCCCUGCUCCUCUCCCAGGGGAUGGGAGCUCCCUGCCCUUUCCAUCCCUGGUGCAGCUGAGCAGGAAUUGCAAUAAUUGCUGCAGCGGUUGCAGUGUGCCCGGGCAGUGAGGGCAGAGCCCUGGGUGGUGAUGAUUCCAUGGGAAUGCUGGGUCUGGCCUGGGAUGGCACAGGGCAGUGGGGCAGCAGCUCCAGGCAGAGCUCAGUGAGUGGAGUUUGCCUUCCCUGUCCCCUUCCCUGUCCCCUUUUGUGCCUUCCCUGUGGAGGGCACAGCUGCCCUGGGGAAGGAGGAAUUGCAGCCAGCAGCUCUGAAGGAGAGGGAUGUGUGUGAGCAGAGAGAUCCCCACUGACCCAUCCCAGGCACUGCAGGAGCUGGAAUGCUGGCCAUGCCCAGGAAAACAGCACAGAUCCAGCUGGGGUGGGAUCCCUGGCUGCAGGGAGCAUUCCUGAGGGAUCCAUGAGCUCUGAGCACAGCCCUGGACUGCCAGGAGCAGGAGCUGGCAGGGGUGGCAGCCAGGAGGGAGCCACUCCUCGGGAUUCAGGCCAACACAGCAGGGCAGGAGUGCUUUGCAGGUUUGCCUGGAUCCUUCCAGGAUCAUUCCCUGUCCCUCAGGCAGCUCCCAGCCAGCCCUGUGCCAGCCUCCCAGGUGGCUGCAGCUGCAGCAGGAGCUGGCUCAGCACCUUCAGCUUCCUCCCCCGUCCCUGGCAGAGUCCUGGCCAGAGCCAUCCAUGCCAACCAUCUCUGCUCAGCCCGGGGGUUUUUGCUCUGCUUGCUUUGAAAAAGGAGCUUCAGCUGCUUCAGGUUGGAAGAGGAAGGAUCAGUGGAGGUGAGAGGCUUUGUGUGGUCUCCCACACCCACGUGCAGUGCCUACCUGUGCUCCCAGCUGGGAGAUUUGGAAGCUUUCCCUCCAAAUGGGAGCAUUUCCAGCUUCCCAGUGGUGCUGAUUUGUGCCAAACUCUGUGGUGACCCAGCUGGGAGCUGGCAGGAUGAACUCCUUGGACCCAUUGCAAAUGCAGCCUGACCAGGGCAGGGCUCUCCUGCUGCCUUAACACUCCAUCCUCCAUCUGGGAAGGUGCUGUGGCCAGGAAUCUCCUGCCUUCCUGCUGCUCUCCUCCCAAAGCCUGGCAGCUGCCUGGGCACAGCUUUGGUGGCUCCAUCCCCUUGGGGACAGCUGGAGCCUCAGGGCACAGGGAGGGCUGCAAAGAGCAUCUUCAGAUGGCCUGAGGUGACAAAGGGACCUUGAGCCAGGAGGCUGAGCCAGUGCUGGGAAUUGGGCUGCUCCCAAAUGGGGCUGCUCCCAAACUGGGCUGUUCCCAAAUGGGGCUGCUCCCAAAUGGGGCUGCUCCCAAAUGGGGCUGCUCCCAAAUGGGGCUGUUCCCAAACUGGGCUGUUGCAGGGAUAGCCCAGCUCCCAGUGCUGGGGAUUUGGGCUGUCCCCAGGGACAUCCCAGUGCUUGGGAACUGGGUUCUUCCUAAACUGGGCUGUCCCCAGGGAUGUCCCAGCUCCCAGUGCUCAGGAACUGGGCUGUUCCCAAAUUCAUCUGGUCCCAGGGAUGUCCUGGGACUGUUCCCCAGCUCCCAGUGCUGGGAAUUGGGCUGCUCCCAGGGAUGUUCCAGUGCUGGGAAUUUGAGUUGUUCCCAGGGAUGUCCCAGAGCUCAGGAAUUGGGCUGUUCCCAGGGACAUUCCAGCUCCCAGUGCUGGGGAAUUGGGCUGUUCCAGGGACAUCCCAGCACUCUGGAACUGGGCAGUUCCCAAACUGGGCUGUCCCCAGGGGUGUCCCUUCUCCCUCCCCUGGGAUGCUCUGCUGGUUCCCUCAGCCUGCAGCACAGAUUGCUCUGGAGUUUACCCAUCCCUCGGAUCCUUCCUGGAAUUCCUGGCCGGGCUGGAAUGUCCCAGCCUGUCCCCAGCUUGGUGGCACCGUGGCUCCUUCUGCUGGCCUGAGACAUUCCCACAAGCCCCACAGCAGCCCCUGGGAUAAAGGAUUUCAGCUCCCACUGCUGCUGCUGUUGCAGGGUUAAACCAUUUCCAGAGGGGAAAUUAAAGAUAUUGUGAAGAUUUUGGAAUCCAGGAGUCACCAUUAAAGCACUGCAUCAGCCUGGCUGCAGAAACACCAAUGCCACAGCCUCAAAAAAAAAAAACAAACAAAAAGGGAAUUUUGUGUCUCAGGAUAGAGGACAGCCCUGCUUUAAAUGAUUUGGAUUUGUUGCUAAUGUAGCUGAUACUUGUUUUACACAGAGAAGCUUUCAGUCAGUGGUUCUAUCCCAGAAAAAACACCUCACCAGCCUUUCACCCCCAAAGCAGGAUCGUAGGCCUCUGAACAAAAUUCCAGGGAGGAUGUUCUGCUGGAAUUUGGCCCCUGCAGAGCCCAGAGCUGCAGCCCUGGUGCCCAAUAAUUUCAUAAAUGGCCUUUCUGAAACUCCCAGAGAAAAAGAUCUGUACAGACAAUUCGUCAGGAGCUGAAGUUUUGUUGCUUUUGUUUUUCCAGUGCUGACUGGACAAGGCUUAGGGGAGCCAGUGGAUAAAUUUGGAUUUUCCUGAGGCAACUUAAAAUUGUUUUUAGUACAAUAUUCUAAGCAGAUGCAAUAAAAUCUGGCCCUUCCCUACUUCAAUGCCCAGAUUAUUUCAUGCUUUUGAGGUUUUUCACCUUUUGCCGGGCUGCUCACACUAAAAACUUCCCUAAAAUGGCUUUGAGCAGAAACAGGAGCUCAGUUAGGAAUUUUACAGCCUUUUAAGCAAUAAUAAAGUCAGAAUCAAAUACAAGCCAGACUUGGAAAUGAGGUUUUUUUUAGGAAAACCAGGAGCAGGAUGGAUGUUUGUCCAAUGCUGCUGGCGCUGUAAAUGACAAUUAACUUCAGGUGGCACAAAGAGAUCACUGUGUAUAAACCCAAGCCUUGGAACCUGUGAGCAGCGUCAGCAUUUGGGGCACAAAAACCCCAAAUUCCUGCAGGUGACAGGAGAAUUCCUGGCCAUCUUCACCUCCCCAGGACUCUCAUUCCUCCCUCACCAGGAGCACUCUCUGCUUCACCCGUUUUCUGAAGGCAGCAGAGUCAUCAUUACAUUUUUAUUUUGGAGAAAGCAAUACAAGCUGUGCUGUAGUAUCAGUGUUCUUGUGGUAAAUAAUUUAUUCCUAAGCUUUUCACAUGGCAGCCUUGGAGGAUGGAGGGGUUUGGGGUUUGAGAUGUGCAAACAAUCCCAGAACAAGGCAGUUCUCCCAGUACCUGCUCAGAGAACAAUCAAAUCCCAGCUCCUAAACCCACAGCACAGCUGGAAUUCUGGAAUUUCACCUGGAUCUAGGAAUACAAGAGCAUCAUUCCCUCAGUUAUGCAAUACUGUAUUUCCCCUAAAAAAAAAAAAAAAAAAAAAAAAAAGAAAAUUAAAUAGCCUUUAUUUUUUAAAAGCUUUAACCUUUUCUCCAUCAGAACACCGAAAUCCUUGUCUGGAGAGUGUUGUGCCCAAGACUUUUUCAUCCCUAUAAAACCACAAGCCCAUCCUGCCAUCCCAGCCCAGCGCCAGGCUGUGGAGCAGAGCCAAAGGCAGCAGUGUCCCCUGGCUGCUGGGGGCACUGGUGACCCCUGAGCCUGCAGCUCCAAGCUCUGCCAGGGCUGUGGGCACAGCCCCGAGCUCUGCCAGGGCCGUGGGGUGGUGCCAGCCCCAGGGGAGGCCCUGGAGCGUGGCCAGGACGUCUCCGCAGUCCCUCCCCCGUGUAGUGGAUGUGUCCAGGUUAAUUCUGUUCAUGCAAUUGCAAAUUCUGUAUCGUUGUCCAUUAGAAGUGUAAACUACUGAAAACUGGGCCUUGCUGAUAUGAAUAAAGUGAUUAAAAAAUG